CUUUGUGCUGACCCCAUGCCCGCCUCUUUCUCCCACCAGUGCACUGUCCAGGUCAAGUUAGAGCUGGGACACCGGGCCCAACUGCGCAAGAAGCCCACCACGGAGGGGUUCACACACGAUUGGAUGGUGUUCGUCCGCGGCCCCGAGCAAUGUGACAUCCAGCACUUCGUGGAGAAGGUGGUCUUUUGGCUGCAUGACAGCUUCCCCAAGCCCAAGCGUGUGUGUAAGGAGCCCCCAUACAAAGUGGAGGAGUCGGGUUACGCUGGCUUCAUCAUGCCCAUCGAGGUGCACUUCAAAAACAAGGAGGAGCCAAGGAAGGUUUGCUUCACCUAUGACCUGUUCCUGAACCUGGAGGGCAACCCGCCUGUAAACCACCUGCGCUGUGAGAAGCUUACCUUCAACAACCCCACCAUUGAGUUCCGGUACAAGCUCCUGAUGGCUGGCGGGGUGAUGGUAAUGCCCGAAGGAGCAGAAACGGUGUCCAGGCCCAGUCCUGACUACCCCAUGUUACCCACAAUUCCACUCUCUGCCUUCUCUGACCCCAAGAAGACCAAACCAUCCCACGGCUCCAAGGACGCCAGCAGGGAGAGCGGCAAGGCCUGCAAGGCCCAUAAGACAGCCAAGGAGCACCGGGAGCGGCCCCGCAAAGACUCGGAGAGCAAAGGCCCCUCCAAGGAGCCAGAGCGUGAGCAGGCCCGGAGUGCCAAGGAUGCCUCACGGAAGCUGGUUGAGGGCCGGCCACCCAAGGAGGAGAAGGCCCCGCCACCCAAGGCUGCAUUUAAGGAGCCUAAGAUGGCCCUAAAGGAGACCAAACUGGAGAGCCUAUCCCCCAAGGGUGGUCCCCCACCACCACCACCAUCUAAGUCUUCCAGCAAGCGGCCAGCUACCACUGACUCACCCAAGCCCAGUGCCAAAAAGCAGAAGAAGAGCAGCUCUAAGGGGUCCAGGAGUGCCCCUAGCACUUCGCCCCGCACCUCAUCCUCCUUCUCGGACAAAAAGUCGGCCAAGGAUAAGGGCAGCACCAAAGUGGAGAAGAUCAAGGCUGAGAAUGAGCCCCGGGAGAUCAAAAAGCCCCCAGAGGUGGAGGAGUCCAACUCGGAGGACGAGGCCUCCUUCAAGACAGAGUCCGCCCAGUCGAGCCCAUCCAACUCCAGCUCCAGCUCUGACUCCAGUUCAGAUUCGGAUUUUGAGCCAUCUCAGAACCACAGUCAAGGACCCCUGCGCUCCAUGGUGGAGGACCUGCAAUCUGAGGAGUCUGACGAAGAUGACUCUUCAUCAGGCGAGGAGGCUGCCGGCAAGACAAAUGCAGGGAGGGAUUCCAGGUUGAGCUUCAGUGAUAGCGACAGUGACAACAGUGCUGACUCCUGCCUCCCCAGCCGAGAGCCCCCUGCCCCCAAGAAGCCACCCCCACCCAACAGCAAGGCAUCAGGCCGGAGGAGCCCCGAAUCCUGCAGCAAGUCUGAGAAGAUCCUCAAGAGGGGCACCUAUGACAAGGCCUACACAGAUGAACUGGUGGAGCUGCACCGGAGGCUGAUGGCCCUGCGGGAGCGCAACGUGCUGCAGCAGAUUGUGAACCUCAUCGAGGAGACCGGCCACUUCAAUGUCACCAACACCACCUUUGACUUUGACCUCUUCUCCCUGGAUGAGACCACCGUGCGUAAGCUGCAGAGCUACCUGGAGGCCGUGGCCACAUGACCCUGGGCCAGACGCCGGGCCCCUAUCAUCGGGGUCCCGGGAGGCCACAUCCGGACCCCGCCUGCCUUUCUCUCUCUCAACUCACUCGCCCGCAGCACUGCCUUAGUGACCGCCCUGUCCUCGGCCCUCACGGCCAGCUGCACUUUCCUCAUUGGCUCCCGGCCUGCCCUCCCCACCAGCUCACCGGGAGCCCUGGGGCCGAGGGGGCCCGGCGGGCGCUGCUGCUGCUCCCUGAUAUUCAGGGGCCGUCACCUGGGUUCCCCUUGUGUUGAAGGCAGCACUGGGCCUCAUUCCUGUAUAAGGGAAGAAAUGUGCCCGGCGGUGGGAGCCCUGCUCCAUGGUGGGAUGUGGGGCCUGGUGUCACUGGCCAGGCCUCUCCAAACGGUUCAGACACACCACACCCCAGGACCUCAGAGGAUCCAGCUGCUCCAGGCCAGGCCUUGGCUCGUCCUCCAUGUGAGCCGGAUGCAGCCCCUCUCUUGGCUCUCACUGUGCUGGGACUCCAUGCUGUAUAGUUGUCUCUCUGUUAUGUAUGUAUGUAUGCACUGUAGGUACCAGAGCGGUUUCCGGGUGUGCAUUUCUGUGGCAGCAGUGCACGUGGGGGGUGGGGGUAAGGUGGGACUUUAGGUUAAGAUGUCUCCACUGGUCUUGUCAUUGGACUAGAGGCCGAGCCGGAGCGCCCACUGGCUUUCUCCAAGCACAGGGAGGAUCCCCCUCAGUGGUACCAAGGCACCUCGUUCUCCUCCUGGGACUCAAAAGGCACAGUCCGGGCCUGUGAACACUACGAUGGAGCAGUAGGUCCUCAGGCGCCUAGUCAGACUGACAGCCGUCUCCAGGAGCAGACCUCCCAGCUCCAGCCAGCUGCAGGCCCCCACUUGUAACGGUGCCCCGGGCCUCGGCCUCUCCUUUCUUCCAUAGGAUCCUCUUCCUCCUCUCUGUUAUCGAGUCUUCAAACUUUGAAAAAAAUGAGCUUUUGCCAAAUAAGACAUGAUAGUUUGUGGAGUAUUUUCAAGGAGCAUGAGGACUCAGAGCCAGCUCCUCUUGCCUGGGCCCCGCCGGUGGCAGGCCUUCCCGGGCACUCCCGUCUCUCUCCGUUUGGGCUUAGCCCUCCGACACCUGCCGUUCACACUCGUCGAGAGUCCCAAGACUCAGUUCCUCGAAGGCCUGAGAUUCUCCAAGGUCCAGGCCGGUUCCUCCUCCCUCUGGCCCACCUUCCAGGGUCAGAAUGCCCUCACGGAGUCAGCCCACCUUGGGUGGGGCUCCUGAUAGCCUGUUUGCUCAGCCUCUAUUCUCCCAGACUUUGACUCAAGGCUCCUCCAGUUCCCCCCGACUUUUGCCCUAAACAACAUGUGGGGAAAAGGACUGGGGGCCCAGAGAUGGGCUCACCUCUCUCCAGCCCACUGUCAGCCCCUCUCCCCAGUUCCCGAGUUCUGAUGUGGGUGACCCUUCCCUGUGACCCCUGAUUCUCAUGUCUGUGCUCCGAUCCGUCUGUCAGGCAGACCUUGAACACUCCCGGGUGAUCCCCACCUCCAAGGCUUCCAUGAAUUCCCGCCUUCCUGGUGAGGUCCCCAGAACUCUCGGGGGAAGCCCGAGAACUUUACAGGAAACCAUCGUGACUCCUCGCCGUUCACUCAGAUUCUCUCCUGACCCCACUGCCUUGAGGCAUUGAGAAGAGGUCAGGCCUGCAUGGCAGGCCCCGUGCUGUCACCAUCCCCUUCUCCUGCCAGGCCAGCAAUACUCCAACGUGGGCGCCAUUCUUCUCUGGAAACUCCAAGACAUUGGACGGAGGAACUGGCUGACGUGGGCUGCUCGAAAGGCAGCAGCUCCCUGGCCCUCUGUGCAGAGGCUGCCAGGGUCACAGGCAGGAGCCUCAGCUCAAGGGCGCUAGUCUUUCUCUGAGGAUCUGCUGGAAAGGGCUGCAGGCUUCACACGGCUGCCAAGGCAGCCCUCUGCUUUGGCGCCCCGCUCUCUGGCUCCCCCUCAGUGUCAGCAGCAUCUGGCCCUUUCUGCUGUUCCCGGGGCCUUCGGAAGCACCGACCCAUUUCUCAGUUACCUCCUCUGGCCAGAAGGCCCCCAGUGCUGUCCUCUGGAGCUGCUCUGGGCCAGUGCUGGCUCGUGACCACCUUGAUGGACAUGCCAGGUAGCCAGGGCUCUGACCAUAGCAUUCCCAGCUGCUCCCCUACUUACCCCCCAGCUGCCUGGCAGCUGGGCCCACAAGGGCUCUGGGGACGCUUCCAUAGGAAGGGGCAGGCACGUUGUGAUUGCCGCGUGUUUAGUGUUAAGCCCUCUGCCCCCAGUGCGAAUCUGUGUUUUGCUGUCUCCUGAACAAAAUGUAAACCAACACCUGAAAGCAAAAGGUAUCGAAUACCUUUCUUACCCGUAAGGGUUUUUACCAAGAUUGUGUCUCACUAGGAACUAGGACACUUACCAGCCUGAGACCAACUCCUAGAUAAAAGGAAUAAGGAGAAUUGUGUUUGUAAUAAGUUACAGGAUUGUUUCUGUCCUGGAUUUUAAACUUUUUUGUUAAAUUGUGAAAUUAUGGAGGAAUUUUAUAGGAAAAAAAAGUGAAAUAAAGUCAGAUGGGAAAGCAGA